UGUUAUCGUGCGUUUGACAUAGUUAUUUUUUUCUUAAAACGUGAGAAAUUGUAAAAUCUUCAUUCCGGAUAAAAAGAAUCAUCGGAGAAUGAUUUCAAAACAGAAUAUUAAAGUUAGCUUAGUUAUUCUUCUUUUCGUGUACAUAUGUAUACAGUUAUUUAUAGUGCAAGUGAAAAAUUAUAAGUCAAAGCCUUCACAAAUGAUUUCCUACGAUCAAGUAUCCGAAAGUAUUACUACUUUCCCAAACAGUAUGACUGCUUUAUCCAGUUGGACCACCACACGAAAUGUGUCACUUCAACAAAGUAAAUGUAAUGGAUCAGUCAAUCUUAUUAGAGGACAUCUGAGACAAUAUCAGGGCUUUCUUACCAUAGGAUUAUGUACAGUCCCGAGAUCAAAGGCAACGUACUUAAAAGAUACGCUCACGUCACUGAUUCAUCACAUGACAAAUGAACAAAAAGAAAAGAUCGUGAUCAUAGUAUUUCUAGGAUUUCACAAUGAAUCUGAUGUUGAUGCAACCGUUCAUAUGAUUGAAUAUAACUUCAAUGAUAGUCUUUCUACGGGAGGUUUACAAAUAAUUCAACCAGCUGAAAGUGUCUAUCCGGAUUUUAGUAAAAUGACAAAACAAACCUUCAAAGAUUCUAUGAAGAGAGUUCACUGGAGGACAAAGCAAAAUAUUGACUUUGCCUAUUUGUUUGGCUAUUCUGAGAAAUUGUCGAAAUACUAUAUGCACGUGGAAGAUGACGUGGACGCCACUCCUAAGUACUUAAACAUAAUCACGGACUCUUUAAUUAAAGAAGAAAAAGCAAAGCACCAUUGGUUUGUUUUAGACUUUGGGGAAGGUUUCAUUGGAAAACUUUUCAGAUCAAGUGACCUGUGUAUGAUGAAAGACUAUUUAUUGCUCUUUCAAGAUCAAAAACCUUGUGAUUUAUUAUUAGAAGAUCUAAAACAAAUUCAAUUGCAUAAUUUUAAAAAAGUAAGUAAGGUCAAGAAAGUCUUCAAGCAUCGGGGAAAAUAUUCAUCUUUAGAAGGUAAAAUAGUUCCGGAUGAAAAAGCGAAAGUGACCUCGAAAAAAUCGUUAUCAAUAACAACUGAACCAUUGUAUGUUUCUAAUUUAACUUCAAACCCACCAGCUAUUAUCGAGACAACAUUUAAAACGUUUUCCAAUUUCACGCCGGAAUAUGCUUAUGAGAUCAAUAGCACCUUGUUUUUCUGGGCUAAAGUACCUAAGGUCGGAGAAUAUUAUAGAGUGAAACUACAGUCCCGGGUGCUGUGUUCACGCAUUGCAAUUCGCACAGGUGCACCUAAAACAGGAACGGAUAGAUUAGAAAACGCAGAGAUUGUUAUUAGUUAUGAGCCUACUAAUGACGGAACAUGUAAGGGCAAGAAAUCGGUUGGAACUCUAUCGCAUGGUAAAUUUGAGCAGACGUUCGUUCAACCACAAGCGUUGAAAUGUUUGGAAAUUAUCAUGACGAAGAAACAGAACGAUUGGCUAAUUAUAUCUCAGAUAGAAAUAGAAACUUAAUAAUAUGAAAAUGCAUAUUGUAUGUAACGUCAUACGUUUUGACAACUACGCAAGUCAUUCAUGAAGUCCCAGAAUUUGACUUAAGUUAUCUCCCAUGAUGUUCAGUUUCUAUAUAUAGCGUGGGGUUUUUACAACGUGCUUCGUGAUGUGGAUGGCAAGUAAUUUUCUAAACCGACCAACAGCUGACGAAUCUUAGUUCAGUUUUCUAUAGUUUUUUUUGUAAAUAUCAUAAGAAGAACAUAUGAAUAUCAUAAGAAGAAGUUAUGUCGUUAGUUUCGCUACCAUUCCGUAAGAUUUGCUUAUCUUUCUACGUAAAGUUGGACAUUCUAACACAAAGGGGUACGGCUCAUUGAAUAUUCACAAAAUAUGUGUUUGAUAGUAGACAACAUUCAUCCUAAGUCAGAAAUGAAUUCUAUUUCGAUUUAUUUCCCGAAAAUAUAUCUGUAAAUUUCCGGGAAAAAAAACGACCAAUCAGAUGCCGGUUGUUUAUAUUCGCCAAGAUGGCGGUGUUUUUAGAGAAAUUUUAACGGGGAAAUGCUCUAAAGCCGCAUGUGACUUUAUAUCACAUUGUCAUUAUAGGUUAUUGGAAUAUUUGAUAACUUUUAUGCAGUCUUAAUUGCCUAGCAUGUUAAAAGCUUGUAAUAUUAUCUCUAACGAUUGCAACAUUCAUGUAACUUUGUCUUUCCGGCGUAGCCACGAUCGAUGUCGACUUCAUGUAAAUGAAUAGUUUUUUUAUUACUUUGGCGGCCAGUACUUGUUAACUAUAAGAGAAAAGUUUUACAUUGGUUCAAUAGAUGAAUUAUUCGACUACAUAUUGCAUAAUUCCUUUUAAUUUAUGCUGUAUCGUAUAAAAAACUGCGAGGCGAAAACCUUGAUUGGGCAUAGACACCUUCUUAUGGGAGUUGUUGCCCUUGUCUAUAUAUUAGUAUAUAGUGUAAUGGGAAUGGACUUAGAAUUCAUUUCUGACUUAGGAUAAAUGUUUUCUACUAUCAAAUACAUAUUUUGUGAACAUUCAAUGAGCCAUACCCCUUUGUUCUAACAUGCUAAUAAAAAGGAACUGAUAAAAAAAUAUGUUGAACUACAUCGAGCAUAGCAGUAAUUUUCCUGCCUGACGUCAUAUCUAACGUCUUAUGGGUGUUAGCAUUACUUUUUUAUGCUGUGCAUAAUAUUAUAUUGUGUAAAUAUGCACUUGUUUGCCCUAUCUGUUUGAUUUGGGAAUGGUGUGAAGCGUGUUUAAAAGUAGUUUACAUGCAUUUAUGCGUCUUUAAAAAAAAAUCUUUUUACUAUGCAGGUACCGCAUGCGUAAGAAAACAAUACUUAUUUGCAUCGCAACAAGGUGGGUUGAAAAAAGGUUUUAAACAAUCAGUUCAGAUCCUUAGCUUGUACAGCAAUGAAUAAAUCAAAUGGUGUAUAAUUUUGUACUGUGAUGUUAACUUGUGCAGCUGUUUAUUUAUCUGCAGCAAUGUGUUAUAUAUUCUAAACUGUGUUGAUCAAAGUAAUUACUUUGUAACUAUUGUUUCAUUUCAAAGAGACUCCACUGAGGUUCUUUGGAAAGACGGGACAUAUUUUUCUGAGAUUUUUAUACCAUUUGAUGAAGAUCUAUACCAAUAACUUGUGAUCAUUU